GGCGUGUGUGAAGGAAUGGCAAAAAUCCUGCUCGACCUGAUCGGCGAUCAGCUCGCUUAUAUACAGGUCGACAGGCACACGAGUACAGAAGUGUUUCACCACCUUUAGCCGGCCGGGUCAGACAUAGUGAAGUGAGCAGGUUCCAAACUUUUUUCUGAGGAAUAUUUUGUUUUUAUUUUUCUAAAGAUAUUCAAAAGAUGUCUGUUAGGUCGAGUAUUUUACCCGAUGAGGCGCUCUUUGCUGACUUCAGAAAGCAGUGUUUAGCAACGGACAACUGGAUCAACAAGUAUGAUCAUAAUGGCAUGCAAGUGUGGGUAGAAGUUCCUGCAAGUAAAAAACAUAAAAUCCACAAGAUCAAGUGUAAGAUGACAAUCAAAGAUGUAUCAGCUGCCACCAUGUACGACGUCCUUCAUGAUAGCCAGUACCGUAAGGAGUGGGACCCUGCCAUGUUGGAGAGUUAUGACAUUGCCCGGCUCUCUCCUAAUGCUGAUGUGGGAUACUACUCAUGGCUUUGCCCAAAGCCAAUAAAGAACAGGGAUGUGGUGAGUCUGCGUUCGUGGCAGGUGAUGGAUGACGAGUACAUUAUCAUUAACUUCUCAGUCAAACACCCGAAAUAUCCUCCUCGCAGCAACCUCGUCAGGGCAGUUUCCAUCCUCACUGGCUAUUUGAUCAAACCCACAGGACCAAAUAGCUGUACUUUCACAUACCUUUCACAAGCUGACCCAAAAGGUUCUCUUCCGAAGGUUGUGGUAAACAAAGCCUCUCAAGUUCUCGCUCCACGGGUGAUGAAGAGUGUACACAAGGCGGGACAGAACUACCCGGCGUGGAAACAGAAGAACUCCCCCGACCAGAAGCCGUGGUUAUACCCCGAGCAGAACACCCUGCCCAUGAUGGACGCCGCCGAACUUUCGAUACAGAGAGCGGACUCACUGGAAAAUGUGGAUGAGUCCUCCAAGGGGGACAGCGAUGACAGUAGUUAAAAUGCAUCAAAGUGGCCAUCAGGGAGAGAUUGGGGGAUGGACUUUGUAAAUUCAGUAAGACUUGAGACCUCCAACUCUGUGGUUUAUCCAGUUUUCCUAAUCAGUGUGCCUUAUGUGAUGAGCAAGAGUGUUUACAGCUGUCUUACCACACCGAAAUGAGCACAGAUCAAGUUGCCAUUCACCUCUGUUCAUGUUGAAGUAAGCUAAACAUCUCUCCAGUGUUGUAUUUUUUUGUGGGGGGGGGGUCAGCUUAGAGGCAUUGGGGUUUGAAUGUGUCGUAGUUACAGCACUACUUUUACAAUGGGUCAGGUUUCUUUUUAAAAGGUGCAGCUACAUAAAAUUCACAUUUUAAAUGAAAUGAAGUAUAGCUCUCCACUAGUCGCUCAUUGCCUUUAACAGUGACUGUGAAUGGAAAUUAGAUCAGUGGUGACAGUAGUGGUGAAUAUGUAUCUGACACCACAUUCACUUUUUAAUUAGAUUAAUUAUCUGUUAACAUACUAGAAACCAUUUCAGCUCAACCUUUUUCUUUGUUGACCGAUCUGUUACACUGUUAAAACAUUUAGAUAAAGGUGCUGGGUUUGUGCAGCAGCUCAGGGCGUCGACCAGAUACAAAUUCUUCUUAAUGCCAAAAAACAAAAACACUUAACUAUCACUACAUUCGCUACUGAUUUUUGUUUUUUAAAUGUGAACAUUUAUUUAGUUGUGAUUAGUGAGCAACUGAGCUGUAUUUCUAUCUUUAAUGUGUGAUACAAGUUUGUUUGAAGGCUUGUUGUAUUUAUUCAGAUGUUGUGCAAUCAUUAUGUGAUCUAAUCCUUAUUUUAAGUUCUACAGACCCUAGACUUGCAUUGGCACUCAAGGAUGGGAUCAGUUGUUGAUGAAAAUCUAGUUAGGCUGUAGUAACAUGUACAUAGCGAUUUAGCAUUUUGUCAAUUGAAGGAUUGAAAUGACCAUAAAAGAUGCCUUUUAUUUAUUUAUUUGAAAUUGCUGUAAGUUCAGAUGAAGUCAUGAUGAAGAAAAGACCCUAAUAAGAACCACCAGAGUUUUGUUUCAUUGUAAGAUAUUUGAUGUUAAGAAUACUACAUGGUCUUGUUUUUCUUUUUUUCUUUUUUAAAUAAACCUCACAAGGUUGACACCCUUUGGUA